GAUUCCCCCAACCCAAUCUAUUUAUUCGCGCCGUCGCCCGCCGCUCUCCGCCUCCCCACCUCGCGUUCCCUCCCCUCUCCCCUCCGGCCAUGGCGUCCAAGCGGAUCCUCAAGGAGCUCAAGGACCUGCAGAAGGAUCCCCCAACCUCCUGCAGCGCUGGCCCUGUGGGAGAAGAUAUGUUCCACUGGCAAGCUACGAUUAUGGGUCCAGCAGAUAGUCCAUAUGCAGGUGGCGUCUUCUUGGUUUCUAUUCACUUCCCUCCAGACUAUCCGUUCAAACCGCCCAAGGUUGCAUUUAAGACAAAGGUUUUCCACCCAAACAUCAACAGUAACGGAAGCAUCUGCCUUGAUAUCCUGAAGGAACAGUGGAGCCCUGCAUUGACAGUGUCAAAGGUACUCCUCUCAAUUUGUUCUCUACUGACGGACCCAAACCCAGACGACCCGCUAGUUCCGGAGAUUGCGCACAUGUACAAGACUGAUCGGGCCAAAUAUGAAUCAACUGCGAGGGGCUGGACCCAGAAAUAUGCAAUGGGCUGAACGACGUAGGCCGAUAGUGUUCUCUAGCGAUAUAUGUUAUCUUGUUGAUCUAGUGUUCAUGUCCUGCUACAUGCCUACAUGGGGUGUAAUUUCUUCUGUCACUGAAUUUAUGUCAAAUUCUCGAUUGAUGGUAGAAGUUAUUGAGAAAAAUUUCAAUUACCUGCAAUAUUAAUUGCUUCCUUAUGAGCUUGUUCGGUU